CUCGCCGAGGAGGAGGAGGAGGAGGAGGAGGACGAAGGGCAGCGAGCUCGGAAGAUGGAGGUCUCGGCGGAGCAGCCGCGGUGGGUGAGCCACCACCACCCGGCUGUGCUCAACGGGCAGCACCCGGACUCGCACCACCCGCCGCUCGGCCAUACCUACAUGGACCCCGCGCAGUAUCCGCUCGCCGAGGCAGUGGAUGUACUUUUUAACAUCGACGGACAAGGCAACCCCGUCCCCCCCUAUUACGGCAACUCCGUGCGAGCCACGGUGCAGAGAUACCCCGCGGCCCACCCCGGCGAGGCGCCAGGGGUUCCCCCCCCGCCGCGGCUGAACGGGUCCCUGCCCUGGCUGGACGGGAGCAAGGCGCUGGGCAGCCACCACGGCGCUUCUCCCUGGAACCUCAGCCCCUUCUCCAAGACCUCCAUCCACCACAGCUCGCCGGGACCCCUCUCCGUCUACCCGCCCGCUUCCUCCUCCACUUUAUCCGCCGGCCACUCCAGCCCGCACCUUUUCACCUUCCCACCGACUCCUCCCAAAGAUGUGUCCCCGGAUCCGUCCAUCUCCACCCCGGGCUCCACCGGCUCCACCCGGCAGGACGAGAAGGAGUGCAUCAAAUACCAGGUGUCCCUGGCCGACACCAUGAAGCUGGAGUCGUCUCACUCCCGGAGCAGCAUGGCCUCUUUAGGAGGAGCCACCUCCUCCGCUCAUCACCCCAUCACUACCUACCCACCUUAUGUCCCAGAAUAUGGCUCUGGACUUUUUCCCCCCAGUAGCCUCUUAGGAGGAUCGCCUACGGGGUUCGGGUGCAAAUCGCGACCAAAAGCACGCUCAAGCACAGAAGGCAGGGAGUGUGUAAACUGUGGGGCUACCUCAACCCCUCUGUGGAGAAGAGACGGCACCGGGCACUAUUUGUGUAACGCCUGUGGACUCUAUCACAAAAUGAACGGGCAGAACCGGCCCCUGAUCAAGCCCAAGAGAAGGCUGUCUGCAGCUAGAAGGGCGGGCACAUCCUGUGCGAACUGUCAGACCACCACCACCACCCUGUGGAGGAGAAAUGCCAACGGCGAUCCCGUCUGUAACGCCUGCGGGCUCUACUACAAGCUGCACAAUAUUAACAGACCCCUGACUAUGAAGAAAGAAGGAAUUCAGACCAGAAACCGAAAAAUGUCUAGCAAGUCCAAAAAGUGCAAAAAGGUCCACGACAACCUUGAAGACUUUCCCAAGAACAGCUCCUUUAACCCCGCCGCCCUCUCCAGACACAUGUCCUCUAUCAGCCACAUUUCACCUUUCAGUCACUCCAGCCCUAUGCUGACUACACCGACACCGAUGCAUCCUCCAUCCAGCCUCUCUUUCGGACCUCACCAUCCUUCCAGUAUGGUCACUGCCAUGGGUUAGCGAGAGACUCCCCUGCUGAAUGCUUACGGUCUCAAAAUGAGAUUUACUUUAUAUACUUGCAUUUUUGCAGGCGUGCGGUUAUGGGUCUGAUGUCCCGAAUCAAAUGGGAGGGGGAAAAA